AUGGACCAAGUGUGGCAUCCCGAUCUCAAACCUUUCGAGCGAGCGAAAUUUGCAACUUCUGCACGCCUUCUUUCCUGCCUCGUCACAGAAUCCAUUGUACGAGCUUUCUACCAACCCUUGGACGUCCCAGGACUUUCGGGAUUCGUAACGAUAUUCACGGGUGAUAUCCGGAAUGAUUCUACAUUCAAUGGCGAAGAUGUCCUGGCAAUUGUUCCUCUGCAUCACCCGCCUGUUUUCAAGCACGACGGUGUAGCUGUCCUUGGUCAAGAAAUAGGUCUCCUGGACCCACUGGACAUGGUACCCGUGGUGUUUGAAACUGUCCUGGAACCAUCCACCGAUGCCGACACCAUCGCAGAAUAUGAUCAGCUGGUUGGCCUCAUCUUGGCUGCCCUCCGGUUUGGAGGGCGCUUAGAGUUGACAAGGGACCAGAUCUGCAAGUCCGCUGACCCGAUUUCGCUCUGGAUAAAAUUUGCUACAUGUUACAAGUUGGGCGAAGAAAUCCAACAAGACAUCGCGAAGGAGUUUUCCAGUUCUGUGAAAUGGCAAGUCUAUUCGUAUGAGAAUCCUCCCAAAGCGCCAUUAUUCGAAGAUUCGAGCAUCGUAUGGGAACAGUCGAUCGUUGAAGGACAUCCCACUCAUCCGAUGCACAGAACGCGUCGGUUCCUCCCCCCACUACCCGAUUAUGCUCCAGGAUCGGUUAAUUUGCUUUACCCGCGCCUGCGGUUUGUCUCAAUUCCGAAAGAGAAUGCAAAAGUCACCUACGAUUUCGAGCUCCUUACGAAACCACUCGUCGAAGCAGCAUGCGCUGAGGCAGGAAAGCCUCUGGAAAUCCAGGAAGGACACGUCGUUGUACCUGUCCACGAGCUUCAAGUUUUCCAUAUCAAAGACAAGUUCCCUGAUGCCUCUAUAUACCCGCAAGAAUUCAACCUCCCUUUGCUUGCACAGCAGAGUAUCCGAUCCGUCGUUGUCCCGGACGUAUACCAUGGUCUUCAUCUUAAACUUGCGACCGGAAUAAAGCUCACAUCUGCUGUCCGCACAAUUUCUCCCGAAUCUGCGUAUCUUGGCCCGCGGUUCUCUGCACAGGUUGUCCCAGUGCUUACCAUGGAUCAAAACCUAGUUACGGUGGCAAAAGAACUUGCUAGCAUCGUACACAAGAACAUGGACUCCCAGGUAGCAAAGCACUGCGCCGCUAUCGUCCGCGAAUGUCACGAAGACGGUAGCGAAGAGCGCGGAGAGCGUCUCAUCGUGUGCACUUCCCUUGUGGAGAAGGGCCAUGCUGGAUUAAACGGCCAUCUCCCAGCUGUCAUCCGAAUUUUUGAACUCGACACGCAAGGAAAACGUCUUCAGUGGCUUGAAAAGUUCAUCUCAAUAUUUCUGAAGGCUUUCCUCCCGCCGAUGCUCCAUAACGGAGUGGCUUUUGAGUGUCACCCUCAGAAUUGCAUUGCUCGAUUUGACCUGAAGACCAAGGAACUCAAGGGAUUCAUCAUCCGCGACUUUGGCGGGCUUCGAAUUCAUCCUGAAACCCUUAAAGCUACCACAAACGUUGACCUCGAUUUCUUGGCCGGCCAUUCGAUCAUCGCGGAGACCCUGGACGACGUGUACACGAGGAUGUAUCAUACGAUUAUUCACAACCACUUCCAACAGCUCAUUCGGGUUCUCGGACUUCACUACAACGGCCUCGGAUGGGAGAUCGUCCGCCAGCAACUGCGUCAGAACAUUCCCGAGGAUCAUCUUCUAGCCGAUGCGUGGCUCUCGCCCGACAGGAAGACCUUCCCAGGAAAGUGCUUUUUGCGCAUGCGCAUGGCCUCCAUGUAUCGAUUUCAUCUCCACGGUCCCUUCCCGAAUCUCAUACAUUACAAAGGUUGUGAACAGGAGGAUCAUGAGUAG